AAGGCCAACGCCAAGAGCAUUUCUAUGACUUCUCCUUCUCCAAAGGUUCUCUGUUCGAUGGUCUCUUCCCUCCUCGCCCAUCUCUUCACUUUUCUUCGUUUCUUGGGAAGGUGAAGAUGAACGGAACUCCAUUUUUUCCGAUGAAGCUGGAGGUCAGCCACGAUAGCGAUUACCUCCAGGAGGCGUCGGAGGAGGCGCGCCGCCACUCGAAACGUAGGUGCCCGCGCUCGCUCGACUCGCUCCACUACAAGCUCCAGAAGCCCAUCUCCAAGGACGACGCCAAGUCCAAGAAGCGCCGCUGCGGGUGGUGGAAGUCCGCCCUCCUCUUCUGGAGGCGCCUUGAGGACUGCGCUUCCGACGAGCACCACGUGCACCGGCGAUCCCAUGCACACAGCGCGGCGGUGUUGGGGCCCAUCUACGCGACCGAGAGCGGCGUGGUGGUGGGUCGCAGAACCAGACGCCCGAGCUCCGGACUGCUGACGGCGGCUGAGGUUGGUUCGGAGGCGUCGAGGUUGGCCUACCUAAGUCUCACUGACAUGAGCGCCAACGACGGCAGUCGGGUCGCCCCUUACGCGGCCGUCCGCCCGGCGGUGCCCGUCUACCUCGUCACGUGAAUGACCCCAACAAGCGGCGUGCCCCUUUUUCUCCUCUAAGAACCGUACAAGAAAAAACUCUCCUUUUGUGGUUUUUAUUUUUUUCUGGCUCUCUUGGUGCGUCUCCUCGCCGAACUCGUAAUAGGACUGGAAAAUCUGAAGUCAAAUAGAAAAGACGAAGGCGUGGUCUGGCAAAAGCUCUCUCUCUCUCUCUCUCUCUCUCUCUCUCUCUCUCUCGUCAUU